AUGCGACUGAGUAUCUCAUUGGUAUUGACUUGCGGCGCCCUUUUGGCGUCUGCAUAUCCUCGUCCAAAUCGCUUAUUCUCGCGAUUGAUCGUGUUUGGCGACAGCUUCAGCGAUAAUGGCAAUGGGGCGUGGGUCGCAAGCAACGGAACGUGGCCGGUAGACCCGGCCUAUUUCAACCACUCUUUCUCAAACGGCCCUAAAUGGAACGAUAUCGUCGCUGAAGUGCUGGAUCUCGAGCUCAUCAACCUUGCUGCUGGAGGCGCUACCACGGACAAUGACUUUGUAACCGGCGGUACCGGAGCCAGCUCAACAAUCCCAGUUCCUUCUGCUGAUGAUCAGAUCACCGCGUUCUUGUCGCGGGACAAACCAACAGAAACUGAUGUCUUCGUCCAUUGGAUUGGGGCAAACGACAUUCUCUUCAACACCAGUAUCACGGGCAUAGAGGUCACCAGUCUGAUCUCAAAACAUGUGAAUCGAUUAUACCGUGCGGGAAUACAGAAUCUUGUCCUGGCUAAUUACAAUAAUGCCACGACCUUUCCGGCGACGUAUAACUCGUCCGACUACAACAUCCCCAGCGUACAGGCCUUUGUCGGCGAUUUGACCAUCGGACUGAAAGACAUCGCCGCUGGUUACUCGGGGUUCUUCCGAACCGCCUUCGUUGACAUAGGUGCUCUAUUCCUGGAUAUUAUGGAACGACCAACCAGGUACAACAUUGACCAGAAAUACGUCGAUCCGCCAACAGCAUGCUUGACAGGCGUGUACACGAGCGAAGGGGUGCCACGGCAUUUAUGCAGCGAUCCUGAGCGUCAUCUGUUUUUCGACUCGUAUCAUCCUGUCAAGGAGGUACAUGCAAUGAUGGCGAAAAUGUUUAUCAAGGCAAUUCAGGGCUUGAAGUACUGCACCAUGGCAUCUUUUGGCUUCCAUACCACCUCUGACGAGGCCAGCAAGGCUCUCGAGGAAAACAUCACCGGCAAGACAAUCGUCAUUACGGGUGUCAGUCCAGGAUCCCUUGGUGCAGACACAGCCCGGGCUAUCCUGGCCCAAUCUCCUGCCAAGCUCAUUCUGGCCAGCCAGACAGAGUCGAAGCUGCACGAGGUCAGCAAGUCUCUUGAUACUUAUGCAGGGUCUUCUGUUUAUCCCCUAGUACUAGAUCUUGCAUCGCAUGAUGCGGUUCGCAAGGCUGCUGCCGAGUUGUCGACCUAUGUCGAUGCUAUCGAUGCAAUUAUUUGCACCGCGGGAGUCAUGGCUUUGCCCUCGUACCAAAAAUCCAAGGAUGGAGUUGAGAUGCAGUUUGCGGUCAAUUAUCUUGGUCACUUCUUGUUCAUCAAUCUCUUGGUCGACAAGAUCCUUGCUGGGAAUGCCACCGUGGUCACUUAUACCAGCGAAGCCAACACGCGCGCCGACUUGGGAUUUCUCGAUGACCUGGCCUACGGCAAGGGAAAGAAUUACGAGAAGUGGACUGCAUAUGGCAAUUCCAAGGCUUGUGACAUACUUCUCUCGGUUGGAUUAGUUGAAAGGUUCGGCAAACGUGGCCUUCGCUCGUUCAGCGUCGACCCCGGCAUCAUCGUCAGCACCUCACUGACCCGAUCUGUGCCUCAAGAAGACUUUCAGGCCAUGGGGUGGGUUGACGAGAAUGGCAACUUGAACUCUGCCAUCAAGGUCAAGACGUUGGCUGAGGGUGCUGCCGCUGGUAUCAUUGCUGCAUUUGACCACAACCUUUCCAAUGAAAAUGGAUACUUUCUCGCCGAUGGAGGUCUCACUGAGCAAGGCCUCUUGCCAGCUGCGGUUGAUCCAGCCAUGGCGGCAAAGUUGUGGAGCAUCAGUGAAAAGCUGGUCAGCCACGGGAACUUUGGGAGACUGCCCAGGAAGCUCAGGUCACAGUCUCGUCUAGUGAGCCCGGAUGGCGUCGUCGCCAUUACAAGCCCUCGAAGCUGGUAUUCUCAGUUGGCAGGCAAACGUGCCGCUGCCAAUGUGGAACCCGAGCAUCGGGAUUUCCGGAGUCCCUUCUUCACGCUGCCUGUCGAAAUACGACUCUGCAUCUAUCGCCAUCUGCUCAUUACCAAAGGCCUCGCUGUUCUUUGUCCAGACCCGGACGGGUUCCGUGUUCUGCCCCGAGAGUACUACGAUGGACCCUUUCGACUAUACCCUGAGAUCCUCGCGACUUGUCGUCAGAUCAACCGAGAAGGCACUUCAAUCCUAUACUCGGAGAAUGUGUUUCGACGGGAAUUUCUCUGGAGACGCACUUGGACCAAAAAUGGACGCGAGCCUUUUCCGCGCUGCGAAAGCUCUCCGCUCAAAGAGGCCAAUCUGCAGUGCAUCUCGCGGAUUCGCAUCUUCCGAACCUACCACCAAUGGUUCCGUGAUGGAAGCCUCAAAGUCUUGCACGACUUUCCAAACUUGAGGGAGUUGCAGGUGCACAUUGACGACAACGACAUCUGGGGCGACCUUAACCCGGAUAGUCACUGGAAGGAAAGCAUGAGGGCCAUCAACCGUGACCACCCCGACUUGGCCUGCGUCAAGACCCAGAUCCGACUCGCCUUUGACCGACGCUAUCGCGAUUGGUGUGAUCGCUGCACGAACAGACGCCUUGACUUCAGUGUGCAUAGGAUCAAGAAGGAUGAGCUUGAGCGGUGGAUACGAAGCGAGGGCUUGUUUGCUGGCCGGGACCUGGUUUGGUCUUUUAGCACGCAGACUUCUGAGUAUUGUGGACCGUCUUGCAUAGUUGCACUCACCGUUGAUAGCAACCGCAGGGGGACGGAUACCAUCGAGUGUCGCAUUGAAGGAGACGAGGACACCAAGUACACUACGGAGCCAGCCUACAUUGACAAGGAGGUCUAG